AGAUCCUAAAAUCUGUGACUUUAGUGGAAAAUCAGCAAUACAUUAUAUAUCACAAAUAGAAAGUUUUAAGAAACAGCAGUUACUGGAUAUUCUAAUGAAUUCUAUGCCCAAACCAGAAACACAUGCUGAAUCAUUGCUUGACAUUUGCCUUGAGGCAAACUUUUCCCCAACUGAUAUGGUGAUAGUUACUAAAAACCAAAAUACAACCUUGCAAAGCAUCAGCAGCAAUGAGGAGUUUGAUCAAGAUGAUGAUUCCAGUCAUUCCAUAUUGCCUAUUGAAGGAGAUCCAAGUGGUGAUGGGCAAGAUUGGCAACCCGGGACAGAAGGUGUUGAGAUAAUUGUUACUUUUCCAAGAGAUGCUACUGACCCUUUAGAAAUGAGGCAAGACGAUUUAAAAGAAAACAAUCAGAUAACCUCAGUGCAUCAAGAAUGGACAGGAGCACAUUCAGUUUCUCUUCCCAAUGAGGUUGAAAUGGUGGACUUCAAAACAAAGGUGCUGACCACGCGGCCUUCAUUUCUGAGAAAAGUGGAAAAUUCCAAGGAGUUCUGUGAUAUGAACUUGGGAUUUUCAUUGCCAAAACCUUGUUUAGAACCAAAGAUUUCUAAGUUUGUAAGCAGAGAAGAUGUCCCUCACUUUUUAAAGGGGAAGCAAAGAAAAUCAGAAGAACUUUCUAUAUCUAAUAUGAAGUGUAAUAGCCGAAGAAUAGAGUUCCCUCUGCCACCAUUGUCACUCUUGCCCAUGAGAUCUGGUCUCUUAACCAUUCCUCCAAACCACAAGGAUCAGAAAGAGAGAGAAAGGAACAUUCGAAGCCUUGCAUCUUUUGCAACUAAAAUCUCAGAGCCACUUAGUCAAUCAGAUGAGUUUAGACCGUCAAACAAGCAGCAGGAAAUCCCAUCUAAGGUUUUUAUGGAUCAGACUCUCAGGCCCUCUGAUAGCUCCAUUUGGUCCAGAAACAUGUGUUCCUUUUGGAAGGCCAGUCAUUACAGAAAGCAUCUGGAAGUAGAGGACACUCAGAACACCAAGGAAACAGAAGGAAGUGACAAAAUUAAAAUCUCUCACUUUGAAAAAUGUCAGACUUUGGUGUCCUUGGAGAAUAUUGAAGAAGACAAGUUUCUUACAGAGAGGGAAGUGGAUGUUGAGUGCCAUAGUAGUGAAAUGAGAAAAUCAGGAGAUGCAAGUUCUCAAAAUCUUUUAUUAAGAAAGAAAGACAAUUUUACAUCCAAAAAAUAUGAACAAGAUUCAGAAAGUCUAUGUAAAACACUACUCAAGUUCCAUGAAGUCCAGCACUCAGAAACAACUUCAAGGCAGGAUAAAGACAUUAGAAAUGAUGACACUGAUUCUAAAGGCACUUUAACACAUAAAGGUGAAAUAGUUGAGUCACACCAGAUUUUAGAAGAGCUAACUGUACUGAAAUGUUUGUCUGAAGUAGUCUCUGAUAGCCCUAUUGACAAGCUCCCAGGAGGUCACAGAGGCAAAGAGACACAUAUUAAAAUGUCAGUAGCAGAGACAACCAAACCAGAAAUGAAUGAGAUGGUGCCUCUUGUCCAUAUCACUUUCCCUGGUGCUAGAACUCCCAAAGAACCAGCAAUAACCAAACCAACCCUCCAAAAAAGAAAGGGUGCCCUUCAUAACAACAGUUUCAACAUACUUUCACACCCAGAAAAUGACAGGCAUAAGAUGAAAAUCCAUAGAAAUAAAUUGGAUUCAAAGGCCAAGAGCAGUAAUAGGACACCUCAGGGUUUUAUGAUUUCCACUGAGGGUUCCAUUAAGCCUCCUAUGCAUAAAACCAGCAUAAAACCACAAGUUUUCCCUGCUUUGGGGCUUCGACAGUCUCCCAAAUUUCAAAGGAGGAUGCCACAGACAGAAAAGAAGCAAUCAACGUACCGGACUCUGAAGCCUAAAAAGCAGUCAUUUCCUUGCAUCUGUAAAAAUCCAGGAAUAAAAAAGGCAUCUGUUUCUCUUUCUGUUCAACCAAUGGAGCCAAAACUACACUAUUUAGAUCUGAAGUAUAGUGACAUGUUCAAAGAAAUCAAUUCAACUGCUGAUGGACCUGGUAUCUAUGAAAUGUUUGGGACUCCUGUCUAUUGUCACAUGCGAGAGACUGAACGGCAUGAAAACAGAUAUUACCAAGAGAUCUGCUCAGCUCCUUCCAGUAGAUGUAUCACCAAUAAAUGUUGCUCUUCACAUAGCGAGAGAAACAGCAGUAGCAGAGCAAGACAUUCUCAGAAAAGACCACAUGUCAAGCCCCCAAAGAUGUCACUUGGCAUUAAAAAAAAGCACAAAAGUUCAACUUCUGAAGAAAAAGGUUGCAAGGGUGUAGGAAGAGACCUACACAGCCCUGAAAAUGAUGGUCUUAUUUCAGUGCCAGAGUGGCAAAUAAAAUCUUCAGGGAAUGACUUUAUAUCUUCCAGAGAUGAAGAUCAGCUUAUGAACUUGGCUCAGACUCACAAGCAGUCCACAGAACAGAAGGAAUUCCAUCCUGUCUCAGAUCUGUCCAUUAUUGAAGAAGUUCCCAUGGAAGAAUCUUCCUGUGAAAGAGACAUUUUCAACAAUCAAAUACUUGCGACAAGCCUCAGGGACCUGCAUGAACUUGAAGAAUUACACCACCAGACACCAUUUGUCCUUUCAGAAAAGAACUGGGCAGUGCCUAGUGAGAAGUGUUCCAACAAGAAUAUCCUGCAAGAAGAGCAGAAAACAGCUUCUCUUGGUCAAAUAAAUACUAACCAAUUUUUAACUAAUAAUCUAGAAUUUGAUAGUGUUUCAGAUAAGUCUGAAACUCUUAUGAACUUCUCUUUCGCAGAGAGACAAGAAAGUGCGUCAUCCCAAACAUAUCAACACUGGACACAUUCUUGGGAUGAUGAUAGUUUAGUUAGUAAUUCGAUUACUACUCAAAGUUUUGGACAAAUUUUAAAUGGUGCAAAUUCAGUUUCCCAAGAAAUUUUAGAUUCUGUAAAGAAGGAAGAAUUGACAGACGAACUGUUAGGUUGUCUAGCAGCAGAGCUAUUAGCUCUUGAUGAGAAGGAUAACAACCUUUGCCAAAUAAUGGCAAAUGAAACAGAUCCCGAAAACAUAAAUCUUCUCUUUAGUAGGAAAGAAAAUGCAAGGCAAGACUUGGUUAGAGAGACAACAGAAGUUGAAAUACAGAAACAUAGUAAUGGGGUUAGGAUAUAUGAUGAGGAGGAGCAAUUUCUCAAGUCAGACGAAAAGAAGACAUUUUCUGAACAUAGUUUAAAGUAUGAAGAACCUAUUCUGUGGACCAAGGGUGAGAUCCUUGGAAAGGGAGCCUAUGGCACAGAGACCCAAGGCAAACUGAUUUGGGAAAAAGAACGUUCACUGUUUUAUGUAACUGGAAGGCACAGCUUUGGGGAUCAACAUGAGCGGCCUUCCGCUGUCCAGCUCCUGAAACACACCUUUAUGAAAAGAAGCCACUGAAUCAAGACUUUUCUCCCUGUUUCAUUAUAGACUCUCCAUUGCUGCUCAUUGUGGGAAUGAUAGUUAAGGGAUCUUUGCUUUCCUAUAGGGAAGUCAAUGUAACCAUAACUGGAUCCUACAGUGUCAUUACCUACAUUUUUUUUUUAAGUGGGGCCUCAUCUACAGGUGAUUUCACUGCUCCAAGGCCAAGUUUUUAAUUUAAUUUAAUUUAAUUUUAAUUCCAGGUUGGGGGUGGGUGAGAAGACCAAGGAGAGGUAUCACUGCACUACUCCGUAUCUUUGAGAUUCCCCUGGUGCCAUCCAUGUGCUCCCAUGUGGUGCUGGGGACUGAACCUGAGUCUUUACACUUGGGAAGGCAUGCACUCAACCAGGUUAGCUUUUUCCCAGCCCCUGAAAAUUUUUAUAAGCUUCCCUAAGCUUUUAAGCACAAUUUCUAAUAUGAGAAAAUUAACUUAAAAUAACCAACCUAUUCCAGUGUUUACAAUUACUAUCCAGGAACUGCAAUGUCUAAUGCUUCAUACAAGUUUUUUUUUUUUCAGCUUGUCAAGUUCAGUCUAGUGUAGAAUAAAUUGUUUUUAAAACAAAGAAAUUUGGGAGGCGGGUUAAGCGCAUGUGGCUCAAAG